AUGCCGGAACAAGACGACUCUGUCUCGGCCGUGCUGCUUUGCACAGCAGUUCACGCUAUUGGGCAAAUCAUCAGUCAUGAGAUGUAUCGCAACUGGAAUAAUGAAAGCAUGUGGGAUGACCCAACUUGGCAAAACUUCACAGCUACCUUCAAUGAGGGAACAGCUUCUUUGUUCAAUGAGAGCUUUUCCGAUUGGGCUAUCAACAACAAUACUCUGACUCUUGAUAAUGAAGGCGGCGCAUCGAAGAGCUAUUACUGGAACAUCUUGCCAAGAGAAUUACUAUCCUUUACAUUCAUUGCAGGACUGAUGUAUCUCUGGGAUAUAUGGCUAGAGGACCUUCUACCUACGCGACCACAAGGCGUCGGAGCAGACGCGAAAACCGAAAAGGCCGUUGACCCAAAUGAGCCUAAGGAGGAGAUUUUGGGCCGCUCGACAGUAAAGUCAACCGCUCGAGGGGCAUCAAUCAGCUGGCGCAACACGUUCCUGAAGUGGCUGAUGGACAUCAUUCUCGGGACAAUGUGGAAGAGUGCUGUCUCUCUGGUGAUCGGAGGUGAGGCACUGACAAUUGACUCCUUCUUGAUAGAAACUUCCAUUAUCGGGGUAACUGGGUUCUUACACCUCAGUUACAUUGUCUCUUUCAUUGCGUUUAUUGUCAUACCUGCGCCGCAACGCCCGCUGUUUAGGACCAGUGCGGACGCGCUCGCUUCUAUAUUGUGUACUUCUCUAUCUAAAAUCGCGAUCGCUCGGUUCUUGAAAUCCGCGUUUGGGCAAAGGCGCAUGAUGCGAGUGACCGAGUCCCUGCGGGCACUCUUGGUGGAGCAGGAGAAGACUCGACAGGCGCAUUUUGUGGAUGAGUUGUAA